CAAUAAACGUUAGCGGGCAGUGAUUAACGUUGUAAAGUAAAAUUAAUUUAAAACACUAAAUACAUUUUCUAAAUACACGAGCCGAGUCUAUCCUGUGGUCAGGUCUUUAGACGGAGGGAGGCUGUUUACCAUCGCACCUACCAGAUUUUAUUUUGCGUGGAUUGGCGUAAAAGAUGAGCGGUGGAUCAGAUGCCAACAAAGAGUUUAUGGAGCAGCUGCGGCUGCAGGAACUCUACGGCCAGAGAAAUGAGGACGGCUCUGACCCCAACACCUACACUGACCCAGUGGACGGGACUGUGUAUGACUGGGACCAUGAGAAGAAGGCCUGGUUCCCUAAAAUAACAGAGGACUUCAUUGCAGCCUACCAGGCCAACUAUGGCUUCACUCAGGAAGGAGAUCCAGAUGCUAACAACGGUGCAGUGAGCAGCACCGACCCCACAGCCCCAGACAGCAAGCCUUCAGAAAAGGAGAAACCAGGAGAUGCCACCCUGAACCCAGACCAGAACGAGACCCCAGCUAAAGACACAAAGCAGAAAGGGGAGAAGAGGAAAGCAGAGCCAGGGUGGUUUGAUAUUGAUGACCAUAAAAACACGAACGUCUAUGUGUCAGGCUUGCCUCCGGACAUCAGCACUGACGAGUUUGCUGAGUUGAUGUCCAAGUGCGGCAUUGUGAUGCGGGACCCCAUCACUGAAGAAUACAAAGUCAAACUCUACAAGGACAAAGAAGGGAAUCUGAAGGGAGACGGCCUCUGCUGCUAUCUCAAGAAGGAGUCGGUGGCUUUGGCUCUGCGUUUGAUUGACGAGUCAGAGGUCAGAGGUUAUAGACUCCACGUGGAAGCAGCACGGUUUGAGCUAAAGGGCCAGUAUGACGCCAGCAAGAAGAAGAAGAAGAGCAAAGAUUACAGGAAGAAGAUGCAGCAGCAACAGAAACAGUUGGACUGGAGGCCGGAGAAGCAAGGAGAAGUGAGGAAGAGGCAUGAAAAAGUUGUUAUCAUUAGGAACAUGUUCCAUCCCAGUGACUUUGAGGAAGACCCACUGGUGCUGAAUGAGUAUCGUGAGGAUCUGCGGUCGGAGUGUGAGAAGUUCGGGGAGGUCAAGAAGGUCAUCCUCUUUGAUAGACACCCAGACGGUGUGGCAUCGAUCGCAUUUAAGGAGCCUGAGCAAGCCGAUGCAUGCAUUCUUUCGUUCAAUGGUCGCUGGUUUGGAGGAAGGCAGCUGUCUGCUCAGCUUUGGGAUGGAACGACAGACUAUCAGGUGGAAGAGACGACACGCGAGCGGGAGGAGCGGCUCAAGGGUUGGUCUACUUUCCUGGAAGGAGGCCAGCAAGGCCAGCAGAACAACACCGCCAAGCCAGCAGAGGGUGGCACCACCACAGAGCCCACAAAGCCCUCCAGCACCACGGAGCCUGAACAGCAGCCACAACCAGAACCACAGCCACAGGAUCAGGAAGCGGACUCUACAGACAGCAGCCUGGCAGGAAGCGAUGAUGAGGACGCCUAGACACUUUCAUGCACAUCUUUGUUCCCCAGGCAGCCCAUUAGGACAACCCUGCUUGAAUGUGAACUGUGGCAAAGCUCUGUGUUAAGCAGGCGAGGAGGAGUAGGAUUUUUGACGGUUUGAGCCCGUUUUGUAAUGUAGAAAAAUAAAAUUAUGAUUUUUGUCUA